AUGGCAUUUGACAUGAACAUACAUGAGUUGUUGGUAAUAGGGGACUCUGAUUUCCUCAUAAAUAAAGUAAAAGGGAAUUGGGCAACCAAAAAUGAUAAGAUACUUCCAUAUGUGAAUCUGGUAAAAAGAUUCUGUGGAAGAUUCAAGAGUAUUGAUUUCAGGCAUACUCCAACGGCCCAGAAUGAGUUCGCAGAUGCAUUGGCCACAAUAGCGUCUAUGAUCCAGCACCCUGAGAGUACCCACAUUGAUCCAUUAGAGAUCACACUAAGAGAAGAGCAGGCUCACUACACCCAUGUAGAGGUCAAGCUAGAUGGCCAACCAUGGUACGCCGACAUUAAGGCCUACCUGGAAAAAGAGGAGUAUCCCCUAAAUAGUUUAGCAAACCAAAAGAAAACCAUCAGGAGAUUGGCCAAUGAUUUCUUCUUGAACAAAGAAGUGCUAUAA